AAGUAGGAAGUAGAUCCAGAGGUCUUCUCAUUAUUCUUUAUGAAGGAAGAGUUUCUCUUGGGGGUUGAAUAGAAGCUAACGCAGUCUGAUACAUCAAAAUUUUCAGUCUUCUUACAUUUGCAGGGGUCUUAUAGGCCUAACGAUUCAUUCGCAACUGUUAGGCUACAUAUUUUAAAGCGAAGAACAACCAGACUGCCUUACCAACAGAAUUUAAAAUGACGCCGAGCUCAGACGUUCUUCAGUUCCGGUUCGCAGGCCAUGGUGACACAGUUUUGGAGAAGAUGAACAUUCUGCGGGAGGACCGGCGGUUCUGUGACGUCACUCUCAUCCUUGGCGGGUUCCGUUUCCCGGGACACAGAGUGGUUCUGGCAGCUUCUUCUGCUUUCCUGCGAGACCAGUUCUUGCUGCACGACACCCGGGAGCUACAGGUGUCGGUGCUGCCCAGUGCAGACGUGGGCAGACGCUUGUUGCUCUGCUGCUACACUGGCGUCUUGGAGUUUCCCUUGAGAGAACUGGUCACCUACCUGAUGGCGGCCAGUGCAUUGCAGAUGAGCCAUGUGGUAGAAAAGUGUGAACGAGCUGUCUCCCAGUACUUGGAUCCCACUCUGGCACAACUAAAGCUGGAAAAUAGUCCUGACCCUUAUCCACUGAAAGAAAAAGAGGACCUAAAUGCUGAGUCCCUUGGGGAGCAUGGCCCAGAGGGAGCGGAAUAUGACCUAGACUCCGAGGACAGUGUUCAGAUCAUUCAUACAGAAGCUGCCAACAUGGGCACACUGAGGAUCAAGCAGCAAGACAGUAGCUCAGACUCGCCAACAGGAAGCCCCUCCCACUCCAGGGCAGGUGUGGCAGAUAGCUCCCAAGACCAGGAGUUUGGGGGGGGGGAUGUGUACAUGCUGGCCGCUCAGCACCUCCAGCUACAGGGGGGUGAGUCACCUGGACUCGGGGAGAGCAGCAGGAUGCCGAGGGACGCCCUCGCGGAGCACGACUCCCCGCUCCAGAGGAUCUACUUCUGCAGGAAGUGCGACCGUGUGUUCCAGCAGCUGGAAAACUACGUGGGGCACCUGAAGGAGCAUAAACUCUAUCUGUGUCUUCUGUGUGGGAAGAGCUUCUCUCAGAAGAGCAACCUGACUCGGCACAUCCGCGUGCACACCGGCAUCAAGCCCUUCCAGUGCCCGCUCUGCCACAAAACUUUCUCCCAGAAAGCCACGCUGCAGGACCACCUCAACCUGCACACAGGCAACAAGCCGCACAAGUGCAACUACUGCGCCAUGCACUUCGCUCACAAGCCUGGCCUACGGCGCCACUUAAGGGACAUCCAUGGCAAGAGCAGUCUGGAGAACAUGUUUGAGGAGGUGUGAGCAGCCACAAGGAGGGGGCCCUGAGCCCCAGGCCCUGUUAGGACCUGGGGGGGGGGAGUGCGGGUCAUUGUCUCUGUUGUGUGCGUCCUUGAGUACUACUCUGUAGGUACAGUAACAGUAGUAACUAAGCCAUUGACUGAUUGGUCCCUCUGAUCAGCCGCUUUUCCACCGUAGGGCCGAACCGUUACCAGGGCCACUCCGUGUCGUUCCGUGCUGCUCAGUACUCGUGGGAACGGUUACCGUUUCUGUUUCCACCGUUGGGCUGCUAAAACCAGGACUAGGAAAUAUGUAGUGAGGGCAGCAAGUGACGCGGUGGAUCAGCGACGGCGUCCCGUUGUGAAUGUAAUAUGCGCCAGUUGUUGUCUCUCCCCAUACUGUUUUGUUUUUGUUAUGUUAUGUUUCGUUGGCUGACGAGGAUUCUGUGUAUUUUGGUCUGUUUUUGUUUUUUCUUUUUAGCGUAUCCUCCACUGACCAUCACUGUUGCAUGCAUUCAAAAAACUACUAACAAAGCUUACAUUACAGUGUGAAAUAUCCACAAUAUAUAAUACCACUAACCUAUUUAAAGACACUCAAUCCAAAAAUAACGUGUAUAACCGAAACAUUUUGAGCAGUAAUACUUACAUAGCAAUGAUGAAAUGUUAUCUGUGUUCAGACAGAGACAGUAAAUCAACAAGUUCAAUCCGCUUCUGUUUUGCUCCAGAAAACGAUGUCAGAUAGGUCUAUCAGGCAAUAUACGGCGUAGCUUUGCCCAGAAGUCCUCAAUAAUAAUAGUAUUUUCCAAGAAAUUACAAAAAAUCGUUAACAACGUUUUGUUAGGUGCAGCGUCUUAAUGCGUAAGUGAAUGCGAUGAUAAGAAAAUUUUUGGUUACGCUGACUGAUAAAACGCUAUUCCAAAAGCAGAAUUAGACAUGUUAUAGGCUACAUCGUUAGAAAGCUUAUACUCUCACCUACUGAAUAAAUGAAUUGUCAAUCAAGCCAGACUGUACUCAAAACGGCGACAACGCUGUAAACAAUACGUGUGGUAUUAUGCACAGCUAUUUUGAAUGUAGGCAUCACAAAUGCGCGAAAUAUAUUUCAUAAACGGAUUGUCCAAGACAAUAUAUGACCACUCAGUCGCAAAAGGGACAUCUCCACGUGUAAAACCAAUGGUAAGAUUAUGUAUUUAUUCAAUAUUUAGUCCCAGAUAUUGACUGUAGAAUGACAUCGUCUCAUUUUUUAAAACUUUGUCCCGUUUAUUUUGUUAUUCAGCAAGCAGCGUUUUCACUGCUGUAUAUCUUAUGGCUAUUGUCGGGUUUAUCUUGUUACUAUGACGGAAUUUGCAUUUUAAUUUAUAUUAGCUUCUCCACCGACCUAGGUUACGGAAGAGGACAUGAAGAGGCCGCAUGCGGAGUCACAAAACUGGCGUAAUGUGAAACCAAUCAGUGAAUACGUCAUUAAGCCUGCCCACCCGAACGGUUCUGCUGCACUUAGCACGGUUGUCUAACCGUGCCAUAAAUAUCGUGCUGGGCAGGUGGAAACACCAUUGGAACCGUUCCUCUCCGUGCUCAGAACCGUUCGGCUUUGCAGUGGAAAAGGGGCUAAAGUCGUUGUAAUGUGCUAUGUGAAGAUUAUUGCAAUGGCUACUGUUCUGAUACUUAUGUGCUGUGACAUGGAGACAUGUGCUGUUGUGUGUUUAAUACCCUUCAUGUAUUUUAAUGAAUAUAUCGGUACAGCUGCAGGAGCUGCAUUGUACGGUUUCUUUACCAGUGUCCUGUUGUGGCUACGGCCAAUUCAAUGCACGUGGGAGAAAAACUUAGGGCAGAAACACAUUUGAUGCUGAUCAAAGGACUAAUAUAUAUAUAGUUUCUCUUUUACCUUUUACAGAUUGCUGCCUAUCUCACACCUCACGUUUCAAUAAUAAUAAUAAUAAUAAUGUGAUUUUAAUGGGUCCCAGCUGAGGUCUUUCUGUCUGGAGUUGGCAUGUUCUCCCUGUGUCAAUGUGGGAUUUUACCAGGUACUCUGGGUUCCUCCCACUGCCCAAAGACAUGCAGCUCAGACUACUUGGAGACUCUAAAUUGCCCAUAGGUAUGAGUGUGUGAGUAAAUGGUGUGUGUGCCCUGUGAUGGAUUGGUGACCUGUCCAGGGUUGUAUUCCUGCCUCUCGCCCAGGGUAUGCUGGGAAAGGCUCAGCCCCCCCCCCCCCCACAACCUUGACACCAGGAAUAAGUGGUUUAGAUAAUGGAUGGAUGGAUAGAUGCAGAUCUUAUAUUAAUUGACUUCUCACAACAACAUCUCUAAUAUGAUAAUAUGACAAACUGCAGAUUUAAUUGGAAGGUGGGAGAGGGCUGUUUGUUGCUUGUACAACAAUAACCUUGUCAUAUUCUAAAAAUCAGCAGCACAACCAUAAUAACAAAUAGGCCAAAAAAGUUGCCUAGUUUAGUUUAUUUGAAAUGCCAUUGUAAUACCAUAGUUCUUUUAACUGCUUGCAGUAGAAUUUGACUUCAUAUCAAAAAAUUUAACAUUCCAGAAUUAAAAGCUUGUAUAAAACCCUUGAAACUAUCAAAUAUUGGCUGAGCAUUCAUUAUAUAGAAUGUAGGAAACUGAAGAAAUUGUCUUCAACACAACUGAUUUUUAAUAAAAAAUGUUCCCUCAGUAUUUUUGUAUCCUGCCUCCACCUCUUCCAUUGAUUGGUGAUGGAAAGGUUGCUUUGGUAUUUCAUGAACAGAGAACUAAAAAAUAAAUACGUACAUUUAUGACAACCAUUCCACACAAGUGUAAAGGUGAAAAGUAUUUUUUAACUGGAGCGAUUGUAAGGGUUUUCUUGUGUUUGCUGUGCGAAGCCGUUAUUAAUGUUUACUGCAGGUUACAGUGUGUAGCUGCCGUUGUAGAUUUCAGCCUGUGUAUUAAAGGUAAAGUGUACUGUAUGUGGGACUGAUAAGCUUGUGAACUCUAAUCUGUUCUCCUGCUUGGUAAACAGGGAGGUACCGUACCGGGCUCCUCCAGCUUUUUAAUGUAAAAUGUUUCUUGAAUGUCGAAACUACCUUUCUGACAAAUGUAAUUACAAAAUGCUCUUUUUAAGUUGUUUAAGGUUUUUGUUGUAGAACACUCCCUUCUUAACCAACAUAGAAGUGACCAAUUUAUUUUUUCAUUUAAUGACAGACCACGUGUUUUAAUAAAAAAAAAAAUGCUGCA